CCCACAUAUUCCCAAAUUACAACAACACCAACACCAACAACCUCCAACGCAACCCCGAAAAAAAAAAAAAAAAGAAAGAAAGAAAGAAAGAAAGAAGAAAAGACCACAAUGGAAGGCCUUACGCCAGCCCAACUCGCCUCCUUCCAAGAGAAAGGCUACCUAGUCCUCCCCAACCACUUAACGCCCACCGAAAUCACCUCCCUCCUCACAGAAACAAACCACCUCCUCGACACCUUCCCCCUGGACACACACCCCCUAACCCAAUUCACAACCGGCGACGACCUAAAAGACAACAAACCCCACGUCGGCGACGACUACUUCCUCACCUCAGGCGACAAAGUCCGCUUCUUCUUCGAGCCCGACGCCUUCUCCCAAUCCCCCGACCCAUCCACCGGAAAACCCACGCUCCUAAAGCCCAAGCAGCAAGCGGUGAACAAGAUCGGGCACUCACUGCACAGUCUCUCGGAACCGUUCCGGGCCGUGUCGCUGUCGGAGCGUAAUGCGGCGAUCGCAAGGUCCUUGGGGUUCAAGGAUCCCCGGGUGCUUCAGAGUAUGGUGAUAUGCAAGCAACCGGGGAUUGGGGGUGCGGUGCCCCCGCAUCGUGAUUCGGAGUUUCUGUAUACGGAUCCGCCGUCGGCUGUGGGGUGGUGGUUUGCGUUGCAGGAUGCGGGGCCGGGUAAUGCGACGUUGGGGAUGUAUCCUGGUUCGCAUCGGGGGAGGACUGGGGGGAUGGUGAAGAGGAGGUUUGUGAGGAGGUAUAAUGAUGAGGGUGAGGCGAUCGGGACGGAGUUUAUAGAGAAUGAUGGGCCUGGAUUGCCGAGGGGUAUGGAGGAGGGGGAGGUGGAGGGACAGGGUCCGAAAGAGGAGGAUGUGGAGAUUUUGGAGGUGAAGGCUGGGUCGUUGGUUUUGAUUCAUGGGAAUGUUUUGCAUAAGAGUGAGAAGAACACGAGUGAUCGGAGUCGGUUUGCGUAUACUUUCCAUGUUAUUGAGGCUGCGGAUGGGUGGAAAUAUGAUGAGCGGAAUUGGUUGCAACCGCCGGAGAAUGGGGAGGGUUUUUCCAAGUUGUAUCAAUGAUUGUGGUUGAUUCUGUUUGUUUAUAUGGAGUUUUGUGUGAUGGACGUCAAUAUUCAUCAAUUGCGCUAGUUACAUCUAUAUUGCCAUGAUACAGUUGGGC